AUGCAUCACUAUUUAAAUCGUCUUUCUUAUUGGCUAAUAGAUUGUUAUCGACGAAAACGAAAAGGUGAUUGCCAAAGUUAUGAAUUUCAAAAAGCAGCCUUACGCGCACCAUUAGUCGAAAAAACAUCGCCCAUUUCUCCUACAGUACGACCAGCAUUUCAUCGCAGUACUCAACAUCCCUCGACCACGUUACGGCAUUUAGAACGUCAAAUACUUGGAAAUAGCAAUGGUCAUUCUACUGAUAAAACUGACCUUUUACCUAGACAAUCUUUUUCACCAACACUAGAUCAUGGUUUGUCUGAAGAAAUACCGUUAAGUAGAUAUCGACGAGAUGUUGUUAAUCACAGUAAACCAAUACGUACAAGUCGCUCAUAUGAUCCAAAUUAUUCACGUCGUCUACCUUCGAUUAAUGAAACCGAUUUCACAUCAGACGAAUCUGAAUCACCGGUGAAUAAAACUAAAGAUUAUUUACCAAGGAAAGAAUCUAAUAACACAAAAACAACAACAAGAUUGACUUCAUCGUCUCCAACAAUGAAAGCAACACUAUCACUUAUACCCACAGUAUCAUCGUCAUCAAGGAAUAAAAAAGACACUAAUCAUUCAAGUUCUGGUCACGCGAUCGCUGAUAGUCCAGAAAUGGAAUUCAAAAUGAAAAACUACGAUUUCCCUCCACGAACGAGUAAAAUAAUUAUACCAGACCUCGAUACUGAUAUUAUUCAAAAUGACAAAAGAUAUUCUGCCAGAACCAAUGAUUUUCUAUACAACAGUAGUCGAAUAAUUGAUAACCAAUAUCAGGCUGAUAGUUUAUUAAACAACUUACAGCGUUUUAAACGAACAAAUGAUGAUAGACGUUUUGGAUCAAUCGUUCGAGCGUCGCCCUUGAGAUUAAGUUGA